AUGAUGAUGAGGGAGCCGUGGAUGGAGGUGCUGCCGCCGGCGGCGAUGGGCUACUACGGCGGGCCGCGGGGCGCGGGCGGCUGGUUCACGGGGCAGCCGCGCGCCUGGACGGCGGACGAGAACAAGCAGUUCGAGCGGGCGCUGGCCGGGCUCGACCUCCGCAGCCCGGACUGGGACAAGGUGGCGCACGCCACCGGCAAGACGGUCCGCGAGGUCGUCGACCACUUCAAGAGCCUCGAGCUCGACGUCCACCAGAUCGAGUCCGGCACCUUCCCCGGCUACGGCCCCGGCGCGGCGGGCGCCGGCGCGGCCGCCGCCUUCACCCUGCAGUGGGACGGCAGCGGGGGGCACGCCGGCGCCGGGGACUUCCGGCACGGCUACCGGUUCGGCGGCUGCGGCGGCGGGAGGCGGCACGGCGGCCGCACGCCGGAGCAGGAGAGGAAGAAGGGGGUGCCGUGGACCGAGGACGAGCACAAGUUGUUCCUCCUAGGCCUGAAGAAGUACGGCAAAGGGGACUGGAGGAACAUUUCGCGCAACUUCGUGCAGACGAGGACGCCGACGCAGGUGGCCAGCCACGCGCAGAAGUACUUCAUCAGGCUCAGCUCCGGCGGCGGCAAGGACAAGAGGCGGUCGAGCAUCCACGACAUCACCACGGUGCACCUGGACGACCAGCCCCCCUCGCCGUCCCAGUCAUCCAUGAUCACCCAGUCCAGCGCACCGGCUCCGAGCUCGGCAACGGGGCAGUUCUCGCUGCCGGCCGACACCAAGCAGCACGGCGGAGCGAAUGCGCCAUACAAUUCGCCGCCGAGCUACGGCAUGGGUUUGCAAGAUCAAGGCAUCCAGUGUGGCCCUCUGCAUGAUCAGCUGGCGGCGAACCGGAGCAUGUUGUAUUAA